AUGGAUUUCUUAGAAUUUUCGAGUGAUGAAGAGGUUUAUUCGCAAUGUGAUUAUGAAGAUGGAUCAUCUGAAGAGGAAAGUGAUGACAGUAAUUUGAGCAUUUUUGAUACUCGGAAACAACCUGAAAUGAUAAAGCAUACAUUGAACACUCUCCAGAAGUCAAGUUCAGCCUUGACGUCAACAAAAUCAAAUAACAUAGUGUUGCGCGGCUAA